UGAGAGUGGCGGUUUGGGAUGGCCGAUGUUAUCAAAGGUGGUGGUUGUGAAAUUGAUGAUGCAGGAUAUUCCCUACAGAUUGAGAUAUAACCAUAUGUAUUUUGAAGAACCCUCCCACAACAAUGGAGGUUUGCUUCCUUUAUUCUGUUCUGGUGAGUGCAAUAAGGUCUGUGAGCUUCUUGGUCUCACCUGUCAGUCGGAGAUUGAACUCUUCUCGUUUUCUCUAUCCAUAUGCGGCUUCCUUUUCUUGCACAGCGGCCUGACUUGCUCAGACCCUUCACUCUGCUCUCCUAUGGAGACCGUAUGUGGGACUGUCAGCACGGAUAAUGGCCAAUUUGGCAAAUGA